AUGACGGGCAGAUCGCCCAGUGGCUCUCCGACCGCCAGCCCAGCAGCUAUGCCGACGGCCGCCGUGCAAGCUGAUCCUGAAGCCCGACCGUUUCACCUCGGCCCAUGUCUUCAAGGAGUUCGCGGCUCCUCGUUCCAGCGGGCCGCGGCAACGACCGGCGUCGGCUACCAGCAUACGCCCAAGUCCCAGCAGCGGCCGGAAGUGCGCGAGGUCCUGUUCCUCGAUACCGGCGGCUAUCACCUCUACAACAACAGCUUCAUCGUGCGCCGCCGCAUCGCCUAUGAGGACGGCUUCGCGAUCGGCGAUCCCGAGAUCGUGUUCAAGUACCGCAGCGACGACAUGGCAAAGGCCCAGGCCCUCGACCAUCUCACUGGUGAACCAGACGAUCGUCGAGGAGCUGCUGCAGGACAUCUGCCUGCUCGACUUCGGCCACCACACGGCGGCGAGCGCCAAUCUCGGCCUGUGGCGCGCCCGUGGCGACCAUCAUGCUUUCGUCGGCGAGUUCGCCUUCCAGCUACGCUUCACCGGCCCCGACGACAUCAGCCACAAGGCCCUGAAUCACUGCGAGCGCUUCUUCCUCGGAGCUCCAGCAGGUCGCAGCCGACUGGCUCGCGCUCACGACCACCAAGACCGGCGCCGGUCUACCGGCCUGAAGGGCAACCCGCCGCAAGCGCACGAAUGAGCGUCGCAGACACUUCUCCGCCGGUGCCACCGCCGUCGCUCGGCAAGCUCUUCUGGGUAUUCCUCGUGAUGGGCGCAACGAGCCUGGGCGGUGGCGUCGUGGCCUACCUCAGGACGGGCCUCGUGGUGCGCCAGCGCUGGCUCGACGAUCUGAGCUUCGUCGAGCUGCUCUCCAUCAGCCAGACCCUGCCCGGCCUCAACGCCACCAACAUGUCGAUCCUCGGUGGGGGACCGUCUGCGCGGCGGCAUGGGAGCCAUCGUCGCCACCCUGGGAAUGUGCCUGCCGGGAGCGUCGCUGAUGAUCGCCGCGGGCUUCGCCUACGGCGCCAGUGGCGACGGUCCCUGGUCCAAGGCUUUCCUGCAUGGAAUUGCGGCCGGAGCGGUCGGACUGAUCGUCGUCGUGCUGGUCCAGCUCGGCGCCAAGACGCUGAAGUCCGUGGCCGACUAUGUCUUCGUCGCCCUCACCGCCGUCGCCGUCGCUUUCUUCAAGGUUCCGGUGCCCUAUGCGCUGAUCGUGGCAGGCAUCGUCGCCAUCUGGUGGCACCGCCCGCGCGACAAGGACGUCCCAUGAAGAACCUCUGGGACCUCGCGGGCGUCUUUGCCUACCUCUCGCUCCUCACCGUAGGCGGCGGCAUGGCCGCCUUCCCCGAGAUGAAGGAACUCACGGUCGACACCUAUCACUGGGUGACCUUUCCGGAAUUGCUGCAUUUCUACAGCCUGGGACAGCUCGCCCCCGGCCCCAACAUGAUGAUGGUGGCCUCGAUCGGGGUGGUCGUCGGACACAUCCCGGGGGCACUGGUCGCCCUGGUGGCGUUCUUCCUGCCGACCGGUCUGCUGACGUUCUUCAUCGGCAGGCUGUGGACCCAUCUCGCCACCUGGCGCUGGCGCCCGUCGAUCCAGGCGGGACUGGGUUCGGUGGCCGUCGGCCUCGUCCUGGCCGGCGCGAUCAUCAUGGGCAAGGGCGCCAUCACCGAUGUCUUCUUCGGUGUGAUCUCGCUGAUCGUUUUCCUGCUUCUGUGGCGGACCAAGAUCAAUCCCGCCUACCCGAUCGUGGCGUCGGGUCUGGUUGGCCGUCUCCGCGUCGUAUUGCGGCUCGGCGUGACAACUGGCUCGCGGGACGCCGAUGGCGACGACCUUGUCACCGACCGACAGACACCCGUUGCGCCACUCGCCAGACAGCGUCGUACCGGCCAGAGUCACCGUCCCGUAUCCGUUGGGAAGACCAUUGGAAUAGUUCCCCUCGAACCGGUCGCUGCCAUUCCAGGAGUAGCGGCCGGAGCCCUCGCGGAUACCGUUGCGGUAGGUGCCCUCGAAGCGAUCGAUGGGCUGGCCAUGCUCCGUCCACUGCGAGACGCCCCUGCCCUCCUUGAGCGAGGCACGGCAUGA